CUUUUUUCUUUGGCCGGCGAGCAUUGGUGACGAGAUAAGCUCGCCAAGAUGGUGAACAACAGAGUACCUUCGGUAUUCUCGAAAACAUACGUGACGCCUCGUCGUCCAUUUGAGAAAGCGCGUCUCGACCAGGAGUUGAAGAUCAUCGGAGAGUAUGGUCUUCGCAACAAGCGCGAGGUGUGGAGGGUGAAGUACACGCUGGCUAGGAUCCGUAAAGCUGCUCGUGAGCUGCUCACACUCGAAGAGAAAGAUCCUAAAAGGUUGUUUGAAGGUAAUGCCCUUCUCCGACGUCUGGUAAGAAUAGGAGUGUUGGAUGAGAAACAGAUGAAGCUGGAUUAUGUGCUUGGUCUGAAGAUUGAGGACUUUUUAGAAAGGCGUCUUCAAACACAGGUGUUCAAGGCUGGCCUUGCCAAGUCUAUCCAUCAUGCUCGCAUUCUAAUCAGACAAAGGCAUAUCCGUGUCCGCAAGCAAGUAGUGAACAUACCAUCCUUCAUUGUCCGCUUGGACUCUGGCAAGCACAUUGACUUCUCCCUGAAGUCUCCGUUCGGUGGCGGCCGCCCUGGACGCGUUAAGAGGAAGAACCUGCGCAAGGGACAGGCUGGCGGCGCCACCAAUGAUGAGGAGGAGGAUUGAACAAUAAACCACUCAUAAACUU